AAACAUGGCAGACCUUAUGAUCAUUUGCAGAACACAUUUCAUACUCUUUGGUUCUUUUCUUUCUAUUCUCCUUCUUACUCUCUAUUUUUCACCUUAUAACAAUCAUCAAACACCAAAUAGUACUUUGUCUCGCGCUUCUCCGUUACUAGCUUCCGAUGGUAAUGGGAUCCGUUCGGAAUCAUCUAAUGCUCCCAACACUAGAGAAAAACUUACUGGUGCGGGGAAAAUUGAAGAUGACCUUUCAAGAGCUAGGGCUGCCAUUCGAAUGGCGAUCCAAACACGCAAUUACACGUCUAACAAAGUAGAAGAUUUCAUUCCCAGUGGAACAGUUUACAGGAAUUCAUAUGCCUUUCACCAGAGCUAUAUUGAGAUGGAGAGAACAUUUAAAAUUUGGACAUACAAAGAAGGUGAGCCACCUUUGGUGCAUGCUGGGCCACUUAAUUUGCUCUAUGCAAUAGAAGGCCACUUUAUUGAAGAAAUGGCGAGCAAAAGCAACCCCUUCGCAGCUCAAGACCCGAGUGAUGCCCAUGCGUUCUUCCUUCCCUUCAGCGUAGCCAAUAUGAAAAGUUUCCUUUACGUGCCCUACAGUAAAGAUUAUUCGCGUGCUCCAAUUAACCAUUUGGUUAUGGAUUAUGUUCGCAUUGUAUCAGAGAAAUACCAUUACUGGAACAGAAGCAGUGGGGGUGAUCAUUUCAUGGUCUCUUGCCAUGAUUGGGCACCUUUUGUAACCGAGGAAAAUCCUAGAAUGUUCAAGAAAUUCAUCAGGGUUCUCUGCAAUGCUAAUUCGUCAGAAAGUUUUGAGCCCGGAAGAGAUGUAUCGCUGCCGGAAUACAGAGUCGAGGGAACAAGUCUUUUGACCUCCACACAGUCUCGCGUUAGUGUUUCUAAUCGCUCCAUUCUUGGUUUCUUUGCUGGUGGAGGACAUAGACCUAUAAGGAAGAUGUUACUUAAGCAUUGGUUAGACAAAGAUAGUCAAUUGCAAAUUCACGAAUAUCUUCCUAAGGGACAAGAUUAUGGUGAAUUUAUGAUGCGAAGCAAAUUCUGUUUGUGUCCAAGUGGAUAUGAAGUUGCCAGUCCAAGAUUAGUGGAGGCAAUCCAUGCCGGAUGUGUUCCUGUUAUAAUGUCGGAUCAUUAUGUUCUUCCAUUUAGUGAUGUACUUGUCUGGAGCCAGUUCUCGAUAGCAGUUACAAUAGAAGAAAUACCCCAACUUAAGACGAUACUGCAGGCUAUAACAGAUGAGCAGUACCACGAAUUGCAGAAGAGGGUUAUACAAGUUCAACGGCAUUUCACUCUUAAUCGCCCGGCACAAAGGUUCGACAUUAUUCAUAUGAUACUUCAUUCAGUUUGGCUAAGGCGAUUAAAUGUUCAUCUACCAGCUUGAUAGUUGUUGUAAAAAUUCGUUUUCUUUUCUUGGUAUAUAAAUAGUGCUAAUUUGGCUUUUAUCUUCUCGUUAUUGUUUUUACUGGUUUUUAAAUGGAUCUGCUGUAUCACUAUAUCAUGUGAAAAUUACAGCCACACCCGUUUUUAA